AUGGCAACAGGUGGAUAAAUUCUUAGGUAUAAUGGUGGUACCUGCUACGCUAUGUGUUAAGAUGUAUUUUCAUGGUAUAACCCAUCAAUCUAAAUCUGUUGGAAGGGAUGCGAUUAUGCUACUGGCAGAGUAAAUGAUCCUGUUUUGAGAAAAGAAGCUGAAGACAUGUGCAAAAGAUAUACUGCUGAAGCCAUGUGGACAAAAAAAGGAGAAUUAGAUCACAUCGAAGAUUUAAGAAUUCAUGCUGAUAUGUUUCCAGAAAAUCCAAGAAAUAUAUAUAGAGCUUGUUUGGCUGGGGUUCGUAGAUAAAAAUAUUGAAUCAUUAUAACAAUAUAAAAAAUAAUAAUAGUAUCAUAAGAUAAAUAAUAA